AUGUCAAACGUUGAUUCGCACGAUGAACAUCAUCAAAAUCAGCGUCCUUCGUUAUCAUCAACACGUCUUUAUGAUAAAUUAGAUAAAUGUAAACGUGAUAAGGAUUUUUAUCAAGCACAUCAAAUCUAUCGUACAAUUUAUUUUCGUUUAAUUAAUCAACCACAUCAACAACAAGAAAAUUUUGUUGAAAUAUUAGAUUUUAUAUAUAAUGGUGCCAAAUAUUUUCUUGACCAUCAACAAUCGAAUAGUGGCUAUGAUUUAUGUAAAUGUUUUGUUGAAAUAUUAAAUAAACAGGAAAAAUAUAAGGAAUUAAAUGAAGGUUUAUUAUCAAAAAUUUGUAAAUUAUAUGAACUGUUACGUCCUUAUCGAGAUGAACGUAUUGAAUAUGCUUAUAAUAUUCUUAGGUGGUCUGAAACAGUUCCAUCAUCAACAUCACAACAACAGCAAGAAGAAUUACCAUUAGCAACACCUAAAACACGAACAUCUUUUUCAUCAUCAAUUUUGUCAACAUUAACCGAACCAUCAUCAUCAUCGACAAUACCUCCACCAAAAAUUUAUCAUAAAAGUGGACAUCCUGAAGUGCAUGAACGUUUUGCAAAAAUAUUAUGGAAUGAAAAAAAUUAUAAGGAUAGUCGUUAUCAUUUUCUUCAUUCCCAUGAUGGUAUCGAAUGUGCCAAUAUGCUCAUCGAUUUACAUACAAAUUAUGGUUAUCCGUCCGAAGUAGAUCUAUUCAUAACACAAGUUGUUUUGCAAUAUUUAUGUUUAAAAAAUUUCCAUACAGCCUAUCUUGUUUUUGUAACAUAUGUUGAACGACAUCCUCUUAUUCAACAACCACCACCAUUUCAUUUAUAUCCAAUAUUAAAUUUUGUGUGGUUUUUAUUAUUAUGUUUGAAAAAGAUGUUGGUUAGAAGUACAACGACUGAACAACAAAAUCCAAGAGAUAUUAGAACAAAUCUUUCUUCCUACACUGAUCCUCAACAACGUGAACAACAAGCUUCAAUUGCAUCAUUUACAUCAAAAGUAAAAUGUUUUUCAACACUGUGUGAAUUGUAUAAACCAUCAUUAAAUCGUGAUACAACGCUAUUACAGUAUCUGGAACGUAUUGGACAAUUAUUUUUUGGUAUAAAACAGCAACAAUCAUCAAAUCGUACACCAAAUAUGUUUGAAAAUCUUUUUCAAAACUUGGCUAACCCACCUGUUGAUUCCUCUUCAUCAAACUCUGCUCAAGCAGCAUCAAACAAUUUCAUGUCCAGUUUAUUUUUUCAACAACAGAAUCAAUAUUCAUCUAUUUCAGAUGACAAUGACAUGGAUUUUGACCUAGAUGUUGAUUAA